AUGCCCGCUAACCUCCUGAUCAUGUCUUUGCUAGGAAGCAACGACGACGAGCCCAAGUCAUCUGUGGUGGAGAUAGCCCCCAAGCAUGAUACAAGGUCCCAUACAAGCAGAGGUACUUUUUUAGGUACCUUAGUAAGUCAAUUCCAAACAUCCUUUGGAGUGCCUGGUGGUAACGAUACUGCUACUGCUACUAAUACUGCUAUUGGAAAUGGACUUGGCCUGGUACCUGGCUCGGCUACUGGCCCACCCACUAGCUCGGGUGCUAGCUCUACUACCACCGGUCCAACAGAUCAUUAUCCUCAACCCCAUAUAGAUAGUAUGGGCAUUGGCAACAGUGGUGGCACGCUUCUUCAAAAACAAUCAACCGAUUCAAGAGCUCUGUCAAUGAGUCCUGCUCCUCUUUCCAAAGCUGUACAUGGAUCUACUCCUUCCAAACCGCGUCCUGUAAAUCAGCAUGUUAAAAGGUUCCAAACUAACUUCAACUUUGACCCCAGUCCAAUACCGAAUAAGCCUAUGAGCAAAACGUCCAUCACUUCACUCAUAAACGUAGAUGAUGAGGAAGCAAGUAAAAAGGCAGAUCAAUCCUUGACUAAAACUACAACCACCUCAUCAUCUGCACCAGGUUUUACUUCCACAACACCAGCACCUAAAAAGAGGAAACAAGCUAACUCCAAGAAGGAUGGGGGGGAACUGAAAAAGCUAAAAACAGAUUCUCCAGCUACAAAAUCUAAGCAAUCUCUGAUGUCUAUCAAGGAAAUGAUGAACGAUACUCCUACUGGUGGUGAUUCCGCAUUACUGAAAUUAACACCUACCCUUGCAGCAGAAAGAGACACUCUGAAAUAUGAAGAUGCUGAGCUUACAAAGCCUACAAUAGUAGAAGUUACAGACAAGACUAAUAAAGGCGUUGUUGCUAAGGAUAAUAAAAAGAAGGAGCCUGUGGAGAUGCCCACCAUAGUGUUAAAUGUACCACUUAUUGAUCCUAAAAAGCCUCAACCAGGAAGAUCUGAAGUUGUAAUUAAUGUCUUGAAAAUGGCAGAGGAUAAAUAUGGUUGGAAUGCUCUUCAUCCUCAGGCCAAAAAUGCCUUUGAGUACAUGGAAGAUUUAAUUGAUGAUGAUGAAGAUGGAAGUGGAGAUGAAGAUGAAGAAGUUGAAGCAGCAGCUAGAAAGAAGGAAGAGGAAAACUUAACUCCAGAGCAAUUGGCUCGUCGACAUCAAACUAAAAUGAAUAGGAAAGUGGGUAAAUAUGACUAUGAAGAUCCUUUCAUUGAUGAUGAAGAAUUACAAAUGGAAGAGGAAAUCACAAGUACAAAGGAAGGGUUCUUUGUAUAUUGGGGUCCUUUGGUUGACGAUAGAAACGCAACCACCAAGAAAGGAAGCUCCAAGAGUAAGAAAUAA